CCUUCCUGGCAAGCAUUCGCUUCUCUGUUGUCUCCCAAGACCGCCCCCCGCGCGCCCGGAAAUACCUCCCGAUCCGUGCGCCGCGUGACCCUCGCCUCGUCGUAUAAGAGGCCCGCGCGCCAUUGCCGUUGCCAACACCAAGCAACCACCUGUGCGACUGCGAGAGCCGAGAGGCCACUACACAGAUCGCCCACCGUCUCGCGCAUCGAGACCCUUCCCCGUUCCAUCCAUGGACGGCGCGGACCCCGCAUUCGCGGUGUCGUCUAGCCCGUGGUCGUCGCUAGUCCGCGGCUACUUCUCCCCGGCGACGCUCUUCCUCCUGCUCAACAUGGUCAUCGGCACCAUCGCGCUCACGUCCCGCUCCCACCGCCGCCGCCACGGCCACCGCGACGAUGUCGACGGCGGCCACCACUACCAGUACCAGCACCAGCACCGCGGCCACGUCCACGACCAGCCUCAACAUCAUCAUCAUCAUCAUCAGUACGCUCCUCCGCCGCAGCUCGCGCGCACGUCAUCCGUCAUGGACCGCCUGCGCUCGCUUGGCCUCUACCGCUUCCGGUCCGGCGACUUCCCGCCCGAGUACAACCAUCACCUCUCCGCGGCGACAGAGGACUCCGCCGCCGCCGCCGCCGCCCACUCGAGCAGCGUGAUGAAGCAGGAUCAAGCCCAGUACACCAGGAGCCGGUCAGAGCCCGCCAGGAGCAAGAGGCCUCCGCCGGCUCGCAAGAACAAUGACAAGAAGGAAGACCAUGCGGUGGUGAAGAACUCGACCUCGGUCUCGGAGGUGAAGAAGCUGGAGCGCGCCCCGGCACCGAGAGGCUUGGUAGUAAGAGAAGAGGAGGAUGCGGCGGCGUCCGUGAGCGUGGACGCCAGGGCGGACGACUUCAUCAACAAAUUCAGGCAGCAGCUGCAGCUGCAGCGGCUCAACUCGCUGCUCAACUACAAGGAGAUGCUCAACCGCGGCUUGUAGGGUGUGCCCGCGCGGUGGCCAAUGCCUUCAUAGUGUUUGCUGUCGAGUGUGCAUGGUGUAGCACAGUUGUAUAACAAUGGAACUUUUUUUUUUUGCCAGUUUCUUUCUUC